AUGACUGAGAAUCCGGACAGGUCCCAUCAAAGGAGUGACCCUCCUCCAGCGCCAUCUGCAGCAGCACGCAUACAAUUACAUCGCACAGCAUGCUUCAAUUGUCGUUCAUCAAGACAAAAAUGCGAUCGACAAAGUCCUUGUAUGCGAUGCGCUUCCCAGCAAAGACGCUGCGACUACCCGCAAGCCUCCAACCGAGGUCGUAAACAAGGAACAGCUCUCUCUUAUAUGACCAGCAAGCCAGAUACAGUCGAGAAGCUGCUACAGCGUAUCAAUGAAUCUCCUGUUGGCGACCAAGUGAUCGCCGCUAUUAUAUCAUCUUCUCAAAACUUACCACCAUCUGGUUUCCCCACAGGUCCGUACAGUGGACGAAACUCAUCGGAGCAGACUCCUGAGCUCGGCGCCUCGCCAUAUACUGGAUCGGAGCACCAGCGGACAUAUCAAAAUCCUCCGAAGCCUGACUCUCAAAGCUCUCUUGUCUCGCCUCUACACAUCCUCGCCGACGCAGUGGAGACCGAGAGACUUGCGUCUCUUCAGAUUCAAGAUUCGUCCCCAGCCUCCAAUCACCCAGACGAGCCUCUGCUAAACAACUCAAACGACACAUGGCUCUCUCGGCGUGCCACAGAGCGACUCAUCAAGUACUUCAAGCCAAGUGCCUCUUUCCAAAAAGAUUGGCAAGUCCUCGCCUCACAGUCAGUCAAUGCUCCUGUGAGGCUGAGCUCCUUGACCUGUGAUCCGAUCGCUUCUCGUCUGAUUGAUGAUACUGAUGCGGAGAGAUACUUCGAGCUGUUUUUCACAAUCCGCAAUCCGCUUGUGUGUCUACUAGAUCCUAUUCUUCAUACCUCGGAAAAUGUUCGGCCGUUGUCAUUCACCCUGUUCUCGGUCGUCUGCGCACUAGGCUGUGCGAUGUCAGACACAACCAGAGAUAGAUCUUUGUAUCCGACUCUACUAGCGUUGGCAGAGAGCAACAUCAAAUGGUCGAUAGCAACAUCCGUCAAAUCAGUGGAGACCAUACAGGCAAUUUUCACUAUGGAAUACUGGUCACCAGUCUACGAAACGCAAAAGGAUGACCCAUACUGGUUGCAUCUAAGUCACGCCAUACUGAUAGCAAGAGAGCUAGGUCUCAACAAGAAUAAAGCCGUGACAGAUCUCGUCGCAUCAUACACAUCUUCCUCGGCAAGCCAAAACUUCAAAGAGAGGUUCCUUCGUAACAUUGAGCGAACGUGGCUUGCUGCUUUCUUUGCAGAAAAAAGCUUUGGCAUUGUGACCGGACGCGUGAUGAAUGUGGGUCGAUCAGAGAUUGACCCUAACAUCUCUGAGUGGUGGAAGAAGCCAAUGGCAUGUCCCUUCGACCGGGUCAUCAGUGGCGUUGUGGAGAUGCGUAUUCUUCUCAUGCAAUACCUCGAAGAACGAGAACGAAUGGCCAAGACCAGAGAAGCGGUCGAGGACUGGCAAGCGCGAGGUUUCGAUGCACUCCAGGCCCUUCGUAUGGAGAGAUGCCUGUCGAACGACUUACAAGACGGUUCACCAUCAGCGGCCUAUCUUCCUAUACUCGCAUACUACAUGGAUCAUAGUAUCCUUGUGCUGAACGCCAAUGCUUUGAGAGAUCUUUACGCAUUGAAUGCGUUAGAGUCUCUGGCCAAUCCCUGCAAGAUAUCACGACAGACUGUUGAUGUCGCAUCCAGAUCACUUAAUCUUGCACUAUUUGAUCCGGUGCUGGUCAAGUAUAUGUAUGGCACUCAUAACAACCAGUUCAUCAUGAUCUGCCAUGCAGUGAGCGAGAUCUUAUUUGCUACAACACGCGGCUGUCUACCCCCCGACAUCAUUGAAACUGCAGCCGCAACCGUACGUGCUAUCGCCAGACACAUGGAAGCCAUCGCACGAAGCCUGCCAGACUCCUCUGCUGCAUCACUAUAUACCACUCUCGCCAACAUCUUCUCCCAACAACUUGACAAGUACAUUCAUACUAUUCAAGCUAGCUCUGAGGUCUUACAAGAGCCUAUACCUACGGAUUGGUGGAACGCGCUGGGUGGAGACAUGUUGGUUGACAUGAGUGAUUUGUUUCCCGAACAGCUGUUUCCUGAGUUGGCUGGGCAGGGUGGAGUCAAUGGAAUGUUUGGUUGAGGUGAUGUGUACAUUGAUCAGUGUCUUUGCUUCAUGCCAGACAUUAUCUCAAGAUCCUCCUCGCUAUACCAAGGACCCAAAUU